AUGAAGACUCAAACCCUCGCCCUUGCGGCUUUGGCUACCGGCUUCCAGCUUGCUGCUGCCACCGGAUGGGCAGACAAGUCUAGCUUUUCUUGUCCUUCAAACACCAACAAUGAGUGCUCUUCAACUCAAAAGAGCGGAUGGGAUUUCAGCGACCUCACAUCUGGAUCUUUCAGCAACUAUGACGCUUUCGCCUUCUCUGGAUUCACAUGCUCAAAUUCUUUCGGCAAGCGUGAUAACCCAAAGUUCCCAAAGAGAACUUCCGGAAAAUGUAUCUCUGGUACAGCUUCGUCAGACCAUGGCUCAUGCCCUCAGUUCUCCUGCGGUAGCUCAUCCAAAUCUGGCUCUUCUAAAUCUGGAUCUUCAGGCGAUAUCUCCGCUUUCUCCAUCUCCACCGUUCACGUUACUACCGAGUUCGAUUGUGAUUUAGAAUUUCAUUAUGGUAUGGGUGAUGGAUCUACUUGCAAGCAAACCUCUCGUUGCUCAAGUGGAGGUUCCAUCAUCUCCAACUCUCAAUGUGGUGGUGCCAAGAACGUCACCGUUGUUUACUCUUCCGCAAGUCAAACACAUACUGCCGCUACUGGUAAGGCUUCUUGUAGUGUUGGUAUUAGCUCUGUUGGAUUCGACUGCAGCUCGGCAUCUACCACUCAACACCCAUCCACCACUGCUAGUGCUAAGACCUCUGUCAAGACUACUUCUGUCAUGACAACCUCCAGCGAAUCUUCCAAGCCCACUUCCGUUGAAUCCUCCGAGACUACUUUGGCUUCCUCCAACAAGGUUACCUCAGUUAAGAGCACUCCCUCCGCCACCGGUACUUCAUACACCCUUGUAGGAACUGGUUCUACCAAGUCUUCGAUCAUUGGGACUUCAGUUAAGCCAAGUUCAAGUGCCGAGACUAGUGUUGAGACUAGUAUCAAGACUUCAGAAAAGCCAAGCUCUUCUGUUCACACCUACCCAGCCGGUACCGCUCCAGGAAGCUCUGUUUACACUUACCCAGCCGGUACCGCUCCAGGAGCCUCUGCCUCUUCUAUUAUUGGUACAGCAGUCACUGGAUCUGGAUCUUCAUCUGUUGUUCAAUUGACCACGUCUACCAUCUACGCUACCUCUGUUUCUACUAUCAUUUCUUGCGCCGAAACUGUCACCGACUGCCCAGCUAGAUCAACUGCUUUGACCACUGUUGUUAUUGCUGUUUCUACUACCAUCUGCCCAGUUACCGCCACUGAGGUUCCAGGUUCAUCCGCUGCUGCUUCUUCAAUCAUCGGUACAUCCGUUGUUUCCUCCCCAGGUGCCUCUUCCCCAGCUUCAUCUGGUGCUUCUUCCAUCAUCGGCACAUCCGUUAUUUCUUCCCCAGCUGCUUCUUCCCCAGCUGCCUCCACUGCCCCAUGUGUCUCUUCCAGUGCCCUUCUCUCUGGUCAAACUGCUUGCCCAGUUUCUUCCGGGUCCGCUCCAUCUUCCUCCAAGGUUUCUUCCAUUAUCGGUACAUCUGUUGGAACUGCCCCAGUUUCAUCCCACGCAGCCACUAGCGCGACCAGCCUUGCUACAACUGCUUACACCACCGUUAUUGUUCAAGAAUCUACCACUAUUUGUCCAGUAACAUUAACUCACACCACUGGAGGAGUGACCAGCUUUGAGACUACCUCGACCACCUCUACUGUUCGCUCUUCAUCCACAGUCGUUACUUCUAGUGUCAUCACUGUCACUGCCCCAGCCAGUGCCGCUUCUUCAACUGUUCAAGGUGUCACAUCUGUACCAGCUCCAAGUGCUACUAGCCUUGCUACAACCGCUUACACCACUGUCAUUGUUCAAGAAUCUACCACCAUCUGCCCAGUAACUUUGACCCACACCACCGGAGGAGUUACCAGCUUCGAGACCACUUCGACUACCUCGACUGUCCGAGCUUCUUCUACUGUUGUCACUUCCAGUGUCAUUACUGUUACUGCCCCAGCCAGCUCGGUUGAAGGUGUUACUACUACCGCUUCUGCCACUACUCCAACUGAAACCGCUGCAUGCCCAGAUGUCUUGCCUCAAUGCUUGAACACCUGGAUGUACUUGGUCGGUUGUGAGUCCAACACUGAUUCAGACUGUUACUGCCCAGAUACUGCAUUCAUCAACAGCGUCUUUGGAUGUGUUUCUGCAUAUGGUAUUUCCUCAUCUGACAUUGAUGCUGCUCAAAAGUACCUCCAAGGUAUCUGUGCUGCUCACGUCUCUACCAACCCAGCUAUCGUCACUGCCGCUUCUACCGUCUAUGUUCCAGCUGCUUCCACUGGCGUUGCCACUUCAUCUGUUCGAGGUGUCGCUUCUACCCCAGUUACCACUGUUACUCUUAGCACCACUUUGGUUGUUCCAUGCACUGAAUCUACUGGUUCCCUCUCCGGAUCAGUCAUCCCAUCUUCAUCCACCACAACCACUAUUUCCACCGCUAUCACCGUCCCACAAGUCGCUUUCUCCACUGCCCCAGCAGUCGGGUCAGCAACUGCUAGCGUUGCUCUCAUCCCAGGUACCGUUGCUGCUUCCCAAGCCGCUGGAUACACCACCUCUGCUCCAUCAAGCACCACCAAGGUUGUAUCCGGUGUCGCAGGAGCUACCAACGUUCCACCUGCCGCUACCACUUCCGCUUCCGUUCCAUUCACCGGCAGCGCCAUCAAGAGCACUAGCAGCUUUGGAGGACUCCUCGCCGCUGCUCUCGUCGCAAUCUUUGCUUUGUAA